GUGCAUUCGAGUAUACCGAACACUACAGUUAGAAUUUCAUUGUUCGUAGUUUGCUCACGCUUUCAGUAUGAAAAUGUCUUAUUCACAUGAGCUGCUCUUCGUAGCAAUGUUAAGUGCAGUUUUGCACCUCUCCUCAGCGAUGGACUGCAAGGAAGUUUGGGAAAGAAAACACGAAACCGCCGAUUGCUGCUCAGCACCCGCAAUUCUAAAUUUGGACAAUCUAAAAAGCAAUAUUGAGGGACAGGAAGGAAACAAGCAUGAGAAAUUUUUCUGUGGAGUGCAUAAUCUAAUGAAGGAGCAAAACCUUGUCGACGAUGAGGGUAAUCUCGACGUCGAUGCCAUGAAACAGAACACCGAAGGCUUCGAUGACGAAUGGAAGCAAAUUGCCCAGCAGGCGAUCGAUCAUUGUGUCCAGAAGACGGAAUCCAUGAUGGCCGAUAUGGAGCAGCGAGGUGGACCCAAAGGGCAGUGCCAACCGACGGCCGGAAUGUUCCUCAUGUGCCUGGGAAAAGCUAGCAUCAAGAAUUGCCCGGCUGAUAAGUGGAACUCUUCUGAGCUGUGUGAAAAAGUCAAGAGCGGGGAAUGUGACAAGAGAGGACACAAGCACUGAGUAAAGGAACAACAAAAUCGGACAAGAAAUGGAACUAUGCAGCAAAUAUAAGCCAAACAUACUUAUUUGAUACUAA